UAUUACCAUUACGACUUCGCCAUCGCCACUGGGUUUUUAUUAAUCAAGUUUCUAAAGUUUGGAUUUUUUAUUCAAAUUCUCAAAUCUCAUUAUCUCAAUCCAGGAAAGAAUAAUACCAAAAGGAGAAGUGUAAUCCAAAAUCCAUCAUUGGAUUGGAUUUGUUUUUUAUUGGAGGAUAUCUUCUUCUAUUCUAAACAUAUCUUAUUCUUAAUAACAAUUAUAGCUGUACUUAGUUGUAUACUUAAGAAGAAAAUCACUCGUUAACUCUUUUUUCUUACUCAUUUUCUUUCUUUCAUGGCUUCCCCCACUGGGGUUAACAACAACCUAAAUCCAAACUUGACCUAUAAUCAGAACCAGAGCCACCAUCAGCCACCGCCUCUCUUCGAUAUUCAUCAGCUCUUCAAACCCUCUCCCGGUUCGACCUUCCCUGUCCCCACCACCAUCCCUUCUCUUUCUCCUGCUUCUUACCCUCCACCCACUGGCGCCUCCACUCUCCCAUUUCAUCACCUCCCCAACCUCAACAUGCCGCAGCCUCCUAGCCCCGGACCCAUCUCCUACGCCGCCGCCAUAUCCACUGCGCCUUCCCCCGCCCCUUCUCCACCUCCGCCUUCUUCUUCCCCUACCCCCAAUAUUACUAGCGGGGCUCGCUUGAUGGCUCUAUUGAACAACACCCAAAAAUCUCCAUCCGCUUCCAAUCUCGAUUUGCCUCCCCCGCCGAUGUUCAUUCCUUUUGAUUCUUCUCCUUCGUCUUCGUCGGCGGCGGCAGCAGCAGCGCCCGGUAACGCUAUGGUGGCGCCUACUCCUCCGAUGAGAAUGCCCAGCAGGAAACUUCCCAAGGGACGCCAUUUGAUCGGCGACCGCGCUGUUUAUGACAUCGAUGUGAGGUUGCAGGGUGAGGUGCAGCCUCAACUGGAGGUCACUCCCAUCACCAAGUACGGGUCUGAUCCCACCCUCGUCGUUGGCCGUCAAAUUGCGGUGAAUAGAUCUUAUAUAUGCUACGGACUGAAGCCCGGUGCGAUCAGGGUUCUUGAUAUUAAUACUGCUUUGAGAGCUUUGCUUCGAGGCCACACUCAGAGAGUCACUGACAUGGCUUUCUUUGCUGAGGAUGUUCACCUUUUGGCCAGUGUAAGUGUUGAUGGACGGGUUUUCAUAUGGAAGAUUCAUGAAGGCCCAGAUGAGGAUGACAAGCCUCAAAUUAUUGGGAAAAUUGUUGUUGCAAUUCAAAUAGUAGGAGUGGGAAAGGCAGUUCAUCCAAGGCUGUGUUGGCAUCCUCACAAACAAGAAAAUUUGAUUGUUGCAAUUGGAAAUUACAUCCUGAAAGUUGAUAUAUUGAGAGUUGGAAAGGGGAAAACAUUUUCGGCAGAGGAACCUCUUCAAUGUCCUAUUGAUAGGCUGGUUGAGGGGGUCCUGUUAGUUGGUAAGCACGAUAGUGAAAUCACUGAAUUAUCAAUGUGCCAAUGGAUGGCCACCCGGUUGGCUUCAGCAUCAAUGGAUGGCAUGGUGAAAAUUUGGGAUGACCGUAAGGCGUUACCACUUGCUGUGUUAAAACCACAUGAUGGUGUUCCUGUUAAUUCUGUGACAUUUUUAACUGCACCUCACCGUUCUGAUCAUAUUGUGCUUAUCACUGCGGGGCCACUCAAUAGGGAAUUGAAGAUGUGGACCUCCAUGAAUGAGGAGGGAUGGCUCUUGCCUUGUGAUGCUGAAUCAUGGCACUGUACCCAGACCUUGGAAAUAAUGAGCUCUGCUGAAUCCAAUGUUGAGGAAGCGUUUUUCAAUCAAGUUGUUGCAUUGCCACGGGCAGGUCUGUUUCUACUUGCAAAUGCAAAAAAGAAUGCUAUAUAUGCUGUACAUAUUGAGUAUGGGCCUGAUCCAGCUGCAACCCGUAUGGAUUACAUUGCUGAGUUUACUGUCACAAUGCCUAUUCUAAGUCUUACUGGGACAAGUGAUAGCUUACCAGAUGGGGAUCAUGUCGUACAGGUUUACUGUGUCCAAACACAAGCUAUUCAGCAGUAUGCGUUAAACUUAUCACAAUGUUUGCCACCGCCCCUAGAGAAUGUAGAAUUGGAGAAAAUAAAGUCAGUUGCAUCUCGACCUUUUGAUACUGUUGAUAGUUCUGCCAUGCUGGAAUCAUCCCAUAAAAGUAAACCGUCUGAUAUUGCUCCCUCAGCAAGCCAUCUUGUAAAAAUAACUUCUGCUGAGGUUACAAGCUUGCCUAUAGUAUCUACUUCACGGGCAGAUUGCGAGACAAUUGCUACCCCAUCUCAGAUCUUAGGUGAAAAAGUUCAUCCAUCUUCAACCUCUCUUUCUUUGAGUCCAAGAUUAUCACGAAAUUUGUCGGGUUAUAAUAAUUUACAAAAUAGCAAUGGCACUAGUCUGCCUCUCAAAGAUCAUGUUGGUGAUCAGGAUGUUGUCAAAGAUAAUGUUUCUGAUGCAUCUUCCUUGACAGACAAUCUCAGGAAGGGUGACAAAGAUGUUACACAAGGUGAUGUUUCUGUGGCUUCUAAUCGUGCUGUAGCAUUUAGACACCCAACACAUCUAGUAACUCCAUCAAUGAUAUUAUCUACAGCUGCUUCAUCUUCUGAACAUUCUCAGAUUAGUCAGGGCAUGACUGCCUUAGAGGCAAAGGUUGAAGAUGUUAUCAACAAUGAUGCAGAGAGCAAUGAAGUAGAGGUUAAAGUUAUUGGAGAAACAGGAACUAUUAAAAGCAAUGAGGGUGACAUUUAUAGAGAAUCUCACAUUGUUCUUGAUGACAAAAAGAAGAAAGCCUUUUACUCCCAGGCCUCAGAUCUUGGUUUUCAGAUGGUACGGGAUUGCAUCGACACUUAUAGUGUGGAGGGAAUUGUCAAUGCUAAUGAUGGUGGUGUUAUUGAGACACGAGAGCAAAAUGAAGUCCAAGAUGUGACAAAAGAUGUCACUGAUGUCACUCUCAAGGGUGGUGACUCAGAUACUAACGUAAUAACCCCGGUCCAAGCUACAAAAGGGAAAAGGCAGAAGGGAAAAAAUUCACAAGCAUCUGGUCCAUCUUCCUCUUCUCCAAGCCCAUUUAACUCCGCUGAUUCAUCAAAUGAACCUGAUGGCGUGUCAGGCACACCACCUGCAGAAGCUGCGUUGCCCCAUUUAUCAGCUAUGAAAGACAUGCUGAAUCAGUUAAUUGGAACACAAAAAGAACUGCAGAAACAGAUGAAUGUGAUGGUUUCUGGCCCGGUUACCAAAGAGGGUAAACGACUAGAGGGUUCCCUGAGCCGGUGCAUGGAGAAAGUUGUUAAGGCUAAUUCAGAUGCUUUAUGGGCUCGUUUCCAAGAAGAAAAUGGUAAACAAGAGAAGUUGGAACGAGACCGUACUCAGCAAUUGACAAACUUGAUCACCAAUUCUAUAAACAAGGAUCUGCCAACCAUGUUAGAGAAAACUUUUAAGAAGGAAAUAGCUUCCAUUGGACCAGGUUUAGCUCGAUCAAUAACUCAAAUUACAGAGAAAGCCAUAUCUUCAGCAAUUACAGAGUCUUUCCAGAAAGGAGUAGGAGAGAAGGCAGUGAAUCAAUUGGAGAAAUCAGUUAGUUCAAAACUUGAGGCCACAUUGGCCAGGCAAAUCCAAGCACAGUUUCAAACUUCUGGAAAGCAAGCACUUCAGGAUGCGUUAAGGUCAAGCUUGGAAUCUUCCCUCAUUCCCACAUUUGAGGGGUCAUGUAAAAACAUGUUUGACAACGUUGAUGCUGCAUUUCAGAAAGGGUUUGUGAAACAUACAAGUGCUACCCAGAAGCAAUUUGAGUCAACACAUUCUCCACUGGCUGCUGCUCUAAGGGAUGCAAUUAAUUCGGCAUCAACCAUCACUCGAACCUUGAGUGGAGAAUUAACUGAAGGCCAACGUAAACUGUUGGCUUUUGCAGCUGCAGGUGCUAGCUCACAAGGACCAAAUUCUUUAACAACACAGUUGAGUAAUGGCCCUCUUGCUAGCGUACACGAAAUGGCCGAAGCACCUGUUGACCCUAUAAAGGAAUUAUCAAGGCUGAUUGCUGAGCGCAAAUUUGAGGAAGCAUUUACAGGAGCCCUCCACAGAAGCGAUGUUUCCAUAGUUUCCUGGUUGUGUUCUCAGGUAGAUUUACCGGGAAUUAUGUCACUAGUGCCACUGCCUCUAAGCCAAGGAGUUGUACUGGCUCUUCUCCAGCAAUUGGCAUGCGACAUAAGCAAUGACAUGUCAAGAAAGCUGGCAUGGAUGACAGAUGUGGCUGUAGCUGUAAAUCCAACUGAUCCCUUGAUUGCAUUGCAUGUCCGGCCAAUAUUUGAACAAGUUUACCAGACACUUGAAUAUCAGCGCAAUCAAUCCACCACUUCAGCCUCAGAUGUCAACAGCAUUCGCCUUCUUAUGCACGUAAUCAACUCUGUGUUGAUGAGCUGUAAAUGAUUGUUUCGACUUGUCUAGUAUUUGUUAGUGCAACUUUGUUGUAUAGCAAGAAAUCUAGGAAGUUCGCUUGGGAUAUCUUACUUUGUAAUUUUAUGAUUUGUAUUGUAUAAAAAUAGUUGUAACAAAAUCCAUCCAUUUCAAAUUCAUAGCAACAUCUAGAAGGGAAGUGUUAGCUACAAUGAUUAUUUUUUUCCUAAUGAAUCAUAAGUUGAAACUUGAA